UAAUUUAAGUUGAGAAAAUUUAAUUUUUAUCACAGUUACUGUUCACUUAUUAUCUACAUGCUUGUUUGGACACAGCUUAUUUGGAGUUUAUAAGCUCCAAUAAGUAAGGGAACGGAUCCCAUACUCGAGAUUAUAAGCUUAUAAUAGCCAAACAUGCGUAAGUAUUACCCAAAGAAGCAACAUAAACAGUAAACACACACCCAUGCAUUCGCACAGAGUCUGAGAAGAAAUGUUUUUCCACAUGAUAUUGGAACGUAACAUGCAUCUGCACCCACGCCACUUCGGCCGUGAUCUGCGCGAUAAGCUCAUCACCAAACUGAUGAAAGACGUUGAAGGCACUUGCAACGGCCGACAUGGGUUCAUUGUGGCGAUCACUGGCAUUGAAAGCGUGGAUAAAGGGUUAGUUCUCGAUGGCUCCGGCUACGCUACAUUUCCGGUGAAGUAUCAGUGCGUUGUGUUUCGACCCUUCAAAGGAGAGAUUGUUGAAGCUGUUGUUUCCAUGGUUAACAAGAUGGGCUUUUUCGCUGAAGCAGGACCUGUGCAAAUUUUCAUUUCGAAUCAUUUGAUACCAGAUGACAUGGAACUUCAAUUAGGAGACAUGCCAAAUUAUUCAACUUCAGAUGGAUCUGUUAAAAUUCAGAAAGACUGUGAAGUUCGGCUAAAGAUUAUUGGAACUCGAGUUGAUGCUACAGAAAUCUUCUGUAUUGGCACCAUAAAGGAUGACUUUCUGGGUGUGAUUAGUGAUUCUGGACAAACUUCCUAAUGGCAAAUGCGGUUCGUGUCAUCUCCCAAACUCUUAACUCGAGCUCGUGAAGCUACACUCUGUUAAGUUUGUGAAGUACGUGAAGUUCUUUCAAUUGCUUGUCUGAAAAUAUCUCAUUUCAUUUUCGAUCAAUGGGCGAUGUGGCCGAGUUUCAUCUUUGAUUUCCAUUGAAAUAAAAAGGUUGACUCUCAUAUAUACUUUGUACAAUGCUUGCAAUCCUUAUAAAUAAUGCUGAGAGA